AUGUUAAAACCAGAACGAAUAACAUUCUCUGCCGAUGAUGAUAAAUUUAAUCAGUUUACAAAUAAUGAUCAAUUAAAUUCUUUUCUUAACGAUUCUCUCGUUCAUUAUUCAACAGAUUUUAUAAAAAGUGAUCAACAAGUAUCAACAUCUGUUAAACAUUCAAAUUCCUUCGACCAACUAUCAUCUAUAACAAUGUCUAGUCAACAACAACAACAAGAGCAACAACAACAAGAAGAAGCUGAACAUAUACCAUCAACAUCAGCACCACCAUCUUUAAUCUCUGAAGAAAAUCCUAUUCUCAAUGAAAAUACUAUACAUCAAUUUGAUGCAUUAACAUUACAACAAUUAGCUAUUGGUAACCAUCAAAAUUUAUCAGAUAUACAUGAAGAUAAUAUUAAACCAAGUCCAUCUCAUUCAACAUCAUUGAUUGAUAUACAAAAAGAAGUUGAUCGUGUAAGACAAAUGAAAUAUAAUCGAACAUAUUCAUCCCCCACAGCAUCAUUUUGUUCACGUAUAACAAAAAAUCCAUUUAAUGGUACAAAUAAUAAUAUUGAUUUAUCAUCAAUAACACAAUCAGUUCAUUUUACUGAAGAAACAAAUCAAACAAAUUGUCUUCCAUUUUCAUCAACAUUUAUAGCAUCAAUACCAGAAUCAAUUGUACCAGCAACAACAAAUGAUAAUCAUUUUAUACCAAUACAUCAUAUUGAAUCACCAUCAUUAGAAGAUCGUGAAGUAUUUGAAACAUUUCAUAUAAAACAAGCUUCUAUACCUGGUGUAGCUAUAAGACAAUCAGUUAAUUCAUUAAAUCGUAAUAUAUCAACAUCAGAAACAGAUUUAAUUGCAUCAUUACAUCGUAGUGCAAGUAAACAAGGUUUAGAUAAUCAAUCUGAUCAUGGUACAACAUAUAGUGGUGUAUCAGAUGAUAUGAUAUUUAGUGAAUGGGAUAAAGAACGUAAUUUAUUUCAAGAUUAUAUUAAUUCAUUACGUACAGAAAUACGUGUACUUUUACAAGAACGUUCUGAAUAUCAAAAACAAAUUGAAACAAUAAAUAAUAAUUUAGGUGAACAUAAACGUUUAAAUGUAACACAAAUAAAUAUUGAUCAAACAAAACUUGAUUUAUUAAAAAAAUCUUUAGAAGAAAAAAAUCUUGUACUUGAACAAUUACAAAAAGAAUAUGAAAUAAUUAAAGAAAAAAAUAUCAAUUUAACAAGAAAAGUAUCAGUUUUACGUUGUGAUGCUAAAGCACAAACAGGUGUUAUUGAUGAAUUAAAACAAAAAAUAGCUGAAUUAACUGUUGAUAUACAAAAUCAUAUUAUUGUUAAACGUCGUUUAGAAAUUUCAAUGAUGAAUCUGGAAAGUGAUUGUAAAAUGAUUGAUACUGACAGAAUACGUUUAACUAAUGAUAUUAAAGUUGUUCAAUUGAGUAAACAAGAUUUAGAAAAAUUAUUACAACAAGCUAAUGUACAAAUUGCUGAACAGGGUUCAACUAUUGAAAUGCUUCGUUCGGAUAAUAUACAAAUUCGUUCACAAUUAUCUACAACACAACGUCGAAUGUUACAAGAAAAACAACAAGUCAUGGAUUAUUUACGUCAAAUAGAAAAUGAUCUUAUUGAAAAAGAACAAAUAAAACAACGUGAAUCUAUUUUACGUAAAGAAUAUGACAAAUUACAAUCAAUACAUAAACAAGAUCGACAAGAUAUUGAUCAAUUAAAUAUACAAAUAAAUCAAGAUAAACAAAAAUUAGAUCAAUUAGAACAAGAACGUUUACAAUUAUUUAAAACAAUACAAAAUAUGGAUGAUAAUAAAAUACAAUUAGAAUCCGACUUAAAUUUAUAUAAAUCAUCAACAAAACGCUUAUAUACAUAUUUUAAAAUACCAUUUGAUUCAAUUCAAUCUAUUGAUCAAUUAAUACCAAUGUUAGAAGAUCGUUAUCGUACAGAACAAAUAUCACAAGCUCGUAUUCAUCAUAUUCCAUUAGUUAAAUCAACAUCGGAUAUUAAUCAUGAACAAGAAACCGAAGAAAUUCAACAACUUCGAGAAGAUUUACAUUCAAUGAAUAUACAAUUCAAACAAUUAAAUGAUGCUAAUCAAGCUUGGCAACAAUAUCAACAAAAUCAAAAUAUAUUAUUAUGUGAUCGAUUCAAAUUAACUAAUAUUGAAAAUUUAUCUUUUGAUGAUAUUAUACAACAAAUUGAAAAUCGUUUUAAUAUUAUUAAUAAUCAACUUAUUGAAUUACAAAAUACUAAAAAAAUAGAUGACAAUUUACAAAACCAUAUUGAUGAAAUUCCAACUGUUAAUGCACAACUUAUGAGAGAUGAUAUUCAUCAAUCGAAAUAUACACAAACAGAAAAUAAUGAAGAAACUCAACCUUUGCAAAAAGAUGAAUCAGCAGAAAUUUCAAUUCAAAGCUCUACUCCAAAUUAUGAAGAAGAACUUUGUAAACUUCGAGAAAAUUUUGAUACUUUAACUACGCAAUAUACACAAUUAGAUGAAGCCAAUCGCGCAUGGCAACAAUAUCAUCAAAUUCAACUUGAUAAUUUUAAAAAUAAACUUCAAAUUAAUUUACCUAUUGACAAUGAUCUUGCAUUUGAUGACAUAGCACAAUACAUUAAUACUUACAUUGAUCAAAUAAAAGAUGAACAUGAAAGUCUUACGCAACAGUUACAGAGUUCUGGAAAACUAAUGAAUGAUCUUCGUUCUGAAUUAGCCGAUAGUAAUAAACUAACCCAAGAAACUUAUGAUAGUACAAUAAAUGAACUUAAUCAAAAAAUACUCAUGCUCAAGCAACAAAAUGAUCAAAUUGAAACUGAAAGAAAAACAUUAAUACCUGAUUCAAUAUCAUCCGAUUCACAACUCUUCAACAAACAAAUAUCUGGUUCACCAAUUCAGGAACCCAAGAUUCAUACUGUUACAUCAAUUCAAUCAGCAUCUCCUGUGGUCGAUGAACGUGAACAAGAACUUCAACAACUUCGAGACAAUGUUGCUCUUCUCACAACUCAAUGCGCACAACUUAACGAAGCAAAUCGUGCUUGGCAACUAUACCAAGAGGCACAGCUCCAGAAUUUUCGAUCGAAACUUCAUGAUUAUUUGUCUUUUGAUGAAAACACAUCAUUGGAUAGCAUUGCACAACAGAUUGUUGAACAAUUGUCGAAAGAAAGAGAAGAUUUCAAUGAAAAGUAUCAAACACUAGAAAAAGCUAACGAUGUACUUUGUUCAGAAUCGACAAGUAAUUUGGAGUCAAUUCUAGAAAGUUAUAUGAAUACAAUAAAUGAAUUGAAUCAAGAAUUACUUGUUAUGAAAAAACAAUGUGAAGAACUUGAUGCUGAAAAACAACUUUUGACAGAUGAACUUCAAAAACGACCUGUUGACAUCGAUCGAGACCAUGCUGAACAAACCAUUCAAAAAAUGUCAUCGGAUACAUUGAAACAACCCUUUGAACAGGUUCCUAUUCAUAUGAGUGAUGUUAAUAUUGAAGAAGAAAGGAAAGAACUUCAACAACUUCGUGAUAAUACACCAUUGAAAAGUUCUGAAACUAUUGAUCAACAAGAAGUAGAAGAAAUUCAACAACUUCGUGAAAAUCUUAUUUCACUCACUGCUCAACUUGAUGAAACAAAAGAAACAUGGCAACAAUAUCAACAAACACAAUUUGAUAUUUUACGAAAUCAACUUCAAGAUUGUUUAUCAAUUGAUUCGAAUAUAACAUUUGAUGAAAUUGCUCAACAAAUUGUUGAUCAAGUAACUAAAGAACGUGAAGAUUUCACUGGAAAAUAUCAAGAAUUAGAAAAACAAAAUGAUAAUCUUCGUUCAGAAUUAACAAAUAAUAUGGAAUCAAUUCGAGAAUCUUAUGUAAAUACAGUGAAUGAAUUAAAUCAAGAAUUACUUAUUAUGAAAAAACAAUGUGAACAAUUUGAUGCUGAAAAUCAAUUAUUGACUAAUGAACUUGAAAAACAAUCUAUUCAAAUUCAUGAAGAACAAAUUGAACCAACCAUUGAAAAAAUUUCAUUGAAUAUAUUGGAACAACCAUUUGAAGAGGUUCCUAUUCAUACUAGUAGUAUGAAUGUUGAAGAUGAAGGAAAAGAACUUGAACAACUUCGAGAAAGAGUUGCUCAUCUCACAACUCAAUGUGCCCAACUUGAUGAAGCAAAUCGUGCUUGGCAACUAUAUCAAGAAGCACAGCUUGAGAAUUUCCGAUCAAAACUUCAUGAUUGUUUGUCUUUUGAUGAAAAUAUGUCAUUUGAUAUGAUUGCACAACAGAUUGUUGAACAAAUAUCGAAAGAAAGAGAAGAUUUCAAUGAAAGAUAUCAAGGAUUAGAAAAAACUAAUGAUGUACUUUGUUCAGAAUCGACAAAUAAUUUAGAAUCAACUCAACAAAGUUAUAUAAAUACAAUAGAUGAAUUAAAUCAAGAAUUACUUGUUAUGAAAAAACAAUGUGAAGAUCUUGAUGCUGAAAAACAAGUUUUGUCGAAUGAACUCGAAAAACAAUCUGUUGAGGUCGAUCAAAACUAUCCUAAACAAACUACUGAAAAAGUAUCAUCAAACAUACUACGACAACCAUUUGAAGAGAUUCCUACUCAUAUGAGCGGCGUUACUGCUGAAGAAGAGAGAAAAGACCUCGAACAACUUCAAGAAACUGUUGCUUUUCUCACAACUCAAUGUGCCCAACUUGAUGAAGCAAAUCGUGCUUGGCAACAAUAUCAAGAAGCACAGCUUCAAAAUUUUCGAUCGAAACUUCAUGAUUACUUCUCUAUUGAUGAAAAUACAUCGUUUGAUAUGAUUGCACAACAGAUCGUUGAACAAAUAUCGAAAGAAAGAGAAGAUUUCAAUGAAAGAUAUCAAGCAAUAGAAAAAGCUGAUGUACUUCUUCAUCCAGAAUUGACAAAUAAUUUCGAAUCAGUCGAAGAAAGUUAUAGAAAUACAAUUAAUGAAUUGAAUCAAGAGUUACUUGCUGUGAAAACACAAUGUGAACAUCUUGACGCUGAAAAACAACUUUUAUCGAAUGAACUCGAAAAACGAUCUGCUCAAGUCAACCAAGAACAAAUUGAACGAGGCACUGGUAUAUUUAUUCUUUCCAAUACAUCACAUGAAAUAAUUCAUUUUCUACUUUGUUUAGAAAAAGUGUCAUUAAAUCUAAUGAAACAACCAUUUGAAGAGGUUCCUAUUCAUACGAGUGUUGUAGACGAACAAAAUGAACUUGAACAACUUCGAGAAGCUGUUACUUUUCUCACUGCUCAAUGUGCACAACUUGAUGAAGCAAAUCGAGCAUGGCAACAAUAUCAACAGACACAGCUUCAUGUUUUCCUAUCCAAACUUCAUGAUUAUUUACCUAUUGAAGAAAGCACAUCCUUUGAUGAAAUUGCCCAACACAUUGUUAAUCAAAUAAUUCAAGAACGAGAAGAUUUCAAUAUAAGAUAUGAAGCAUUAGAAAAAGAACUUAAUAAUCUUCGAUCAGAAUCAGGUAUAAAUAUUCAAUCUGAUGUGAAUACUGUUAAUAAAUUGAAUGAAGAAUUACUUGCAAUAAAAGAAGCAUAUGAAAAACUUGAUGCUGAGAAACAACUUCUGGUUAUGCAACUUGAAAGUUUAUCAACUCGUUCUGAACCUAAACAAACUAUUGAAAAAAUAUCAUGGAAUGAACCAUUUGAAAAGGUUCCUAUUCAUACAACUAUUAAAGAAGAUGUAGAAGAACUUGAACAACUUCGAGAACGUGUUGCUCUUCUUACGAAUCAAUGUACUCAACUUGAUGAAUCAAAUCGUACAUGGCAACAAUAUCAACAAACACAAUUAGAUAAUUUUCGCAAUAAACUUCAUGAUUACUUACCUAUAGAUGAAAAUAUUUCAUUGGAUGAUAUUGCACAACAAAUCAUUAAAGAUCAUGAAAAUUUUAAUGAAAAAUAUUCUGAGUUAGAAAAAAUUAACGAUAAUCUUCUAUCAGAAUUAACUAUGAAUAUUCAAUCAGUUGAAAAAUCUUCUACAGAUAAUAUCGAUGAAUUAAAUGAAGAAUUAUUUAUUUUAAAAAAUCAAAAUGAAGAACUUGAAAAGAUUAAUAAACAACUUCUUGAAAAAGAAAAUUUAAAUAAUCCAUUGAGUGAUCGAUCAAUAGUUUUAGGUCAUCAUUCUGGAUCAGAGUUAAAUAUAAUUCAAGAAGAAACACCAAUGGAAUUAAAAGAAAAUCUUGAACUUCAAUCAUCAUCACCGAUACCUAUUGAAACUGAAGAAAUUAAUAAAAUUCGAUCUGAUCUAGCUUUGAUUACUUGUCAAUUUAAUCAAUUAACAGAAACAAAUCAAAAUGAACUUGAUUUAUUUCGUUCGAAAUUACAAAAUUGGAUUUCUCUUUUACCAAAUUCAACACUUGAUGAAAUUGCUCAAUUAUUAAAUAAUCAAUUCGAACAAAAAUAUAAUCUCGAAACAAUUGAAAAUUCUACUCAAACAAUUGAACCAUCAGAAAAAAUUCAUAUUUCUACAGAAACAAUACGAAUUUUAUAUGAAAAUCAUCAAACACAAAUUGAUCCUAUAGAUAUGAUUAAUCAAGAAAUUCAAACGGAAUCAUUUCAACAACUUUGGUCUAUCUCUCAUGAUGAAAAUCUUUUUCCUACAGAUGAAGAAGAUAAUCAUUUACAAGAUUAUAUUGAUGAAAUAUAUUCUUUAUCAUCAAAUGAUCUUUCAAAUCGUCUUAAUAAAGAAUGUCAACAAAUAUUAACAAAAAAAAAUAUAUCUCUAGAUUCUAAUGAAAAUUAUCAAUUAAAUCAUUUAGCAUUAAUAACAAUUUAUUUACUUUAUCAUCAACAUUUAACUGAUGAUGCUAAACAAUUAUAUAAUGAAACAUUAAUACGUGCACUAAAACAAGAAUAUGAAUUAAUAAAUAAUGAAAAAAAUGAUUAUAUUGAAAAAUAUAAUUAUAUUGAAGAAAAAUAUUUAAAUGAAUUAAAUAUUAAUGAAAAAAAUUUUCAUAAUUUACAAAAUAAAUAUGAUGAAUUACUUGAACAUAAUGAACUUGAACGUUUAGAUUCUAAAAAAUCAUUAGAUGAUUUAAUUGAACAAUAUAAUUUACAUGAAAAACAAUAUGAAUUUAAUUUAUAUAAUUUACAUAAUGAAAAUGAAAAUUUAAAAUUUAAUUUAAAUACUUUACAAGAUAAUUAUGAUAAAUUAUUAGAAAAAAAUUAUGAACAAUUAGAUAUUGAAUAUCAACAAUUAAGACAAGAUUAUAAUGAACUUAUUAAUGAAAAUGAAUUAUUAAAAGAUUAUAAUUCACGAAUGUAUCAAGCUAAAUUACAAGAUAAUAAUGAUUCUGUUGAAAUAAAAUCAUCACAUGAUAUUGAUAUUCAAUGUAAUAUAUCUGAAGAAUUAUCUUGGAAUAAGAAUUGGAAUGAUGAAAGUACACAUCAAGAUUUAUCUAAUCAAGAAGAAAAAUUAACACAAUUAUCUAAUGAUGAUGAAAUAAAUCAAUUAAAAACUAUUCUAUCAGAUAUUCAACUUGAAAAUGAACAUUUAAAAGAUUUAAAUUCACAAUUAUAUCAAACAAAAUUACAAAAUUUAGAUUCAAUUACUGAUCAAACUAUAAUAAAAUCUCAUGAUAUUGAUAUUCAAUGUUUAAUUCAACCUAUCACUAUUGAUAAUUAUAUACAAACUGAAAUUGAAAAUGAACAAUAUCAAAUAAUUCCAACGACAUCAUCAGAAACAGAAGAUAAUGAUUGGAAUAAUCAAAUAUCACCUAUAAGAAUUUCAUCUAUAAUGACUAAACAUAUAAUUCAAGAAACUAUUGAUAAUGAAACACAAACAGAUGAACAAUUACAAGAUAAAACUAUACAAAUUAAUAAUAAAUUAAAACGUGCACUUCAAAUAAUUAAAGAUAGAAUACAUCAAAUAGUUAUUGAACAACCUGAAUUAUUUUCUCAUAUAAAUGAUGAUACUAUUGAACGUCUUGAUCAUUUAAUUUCUACUAUUAAAAAUCAAGCAAUACAAAUUCAUCUACUACAAAAUGAACAUGAAAAUAUAUUAAAUAAACUUCAUCAAACAGAAAUUCAAUCAAAUGUUCCUAUGGAUAGAGACAGUGAACAAGAUAUUCGUUUAAAUGAAUAUGAAAAUCAAAUUAAAUCACUCAUAUAUGAACGUGACAUUCUUCUUGAACAAAAUAAACAAUUAGAAAAAAAUAUUCAAUCAAAUACUGAUAUAAUAUCAUCCAAUCAAACAAUUUCAAAUGAUAAUUCAACACAAACUGAUUUCAAUCCAGAAGAACAACACAUAGAAAAUACAAACAUUAAUGAAAAUGAACAAUCAAAUAUAACAAAUCGUUUAUUUGGUUUUAUUUCAAAUGUUACAUCAUCAUCUUCUUUAAUAAAUGAAAUUAUUCAUCGUGAAACACAAACUGAUGAACAAUUACAAGAUAAAACUAUACAAAUUAAUAAUAAAUUAAAACGUGCACUUCAAACAAUUAAAGAUAGAAUAUAUCAAAUAGUUAUUGAACAACCUGAAUUAUUUUCUCAUAUAAAUGAUGAUACUAUUGAACGUCUUGAUCAUUUAAUUUCUACUAUUAGAAAUCAAUUUAUACAAAUUAAUAAUCUACAAAAUAGUUAUGAUGAAGCUCAACAUGAAAUCAAUCAACUUCAAAGUUCAUUAGAAGCAUGUCAAUAUCAGAUUGAUAAUGAACAUAUAAUCAAAACAGAAAAACUUGUUUCUACAACUCCAUUAGUCGAUGAUAUAAGUCAAUCAACAAUCGAAGAUUAUGAAAAACAAAUUCAUCAACUUCAACAAAAACUUUCUCAAAACAAUGAUGAACGAACAUUACUUCGUGAACGUCUUAAUGAAGUUGAACUUGAAUUUCGAAAAACAUUAGAUGAUCAUCUAUCAACAACAAACAUGUAUGAAGAACAAUUACAAUCACUUGUACAAGAACGAGAUGCAUUUGUUCAACAACAAGUACUUCAAACAACUGAAAAUCAAUAUGAAAUUGAAAAAUUACAAGAAGAAUUAGCUCAAUUGAAACAAUCAUCGAUUACUUCACAUGUUGACAUUCCUUCAAAUGAAGAUACUAAAUCAUUACAAAAAAUAAUUGAACAACAGUCUGAAGAAUUAAAAGAUCUCAGUGAAAAAUAUCUUGUACUUUCAUCUCAAGUUGAAUUACAAAAUGAAAUUAAUAGACAAAAAAAUGAAACUGAAGAACAAUUAAAAAUUUAUGAAGAUCAAAUUCAACAUCUUAUUCAUGAACAUGAAAAUCUUGUUGAAGAACUACAGAAGAAAACUUUACCAACUAUUGUAACCGUUGAUAAUGAAUGUCAAACAGAUGAUCAACAACAUGAUAAAUUAACACAAAUAAACAUGAAAUUAAAACGUGUAUUACAAAUAUUUAAAGAUAAAAUACAUCGAAUUGUUAUCGAAAAACCUGAAUUAUUUAUUAAUAUUAGUGAAGAUACAAGUGAACGUCUUGAUCAUUUAAUUUCUACAAUUGGACAUCAAGCAACACAAAUUAAUCUAUUACAAACUGAUCAUGCAUCAACAUUAGCUAUGUAUGAAGAACAAUUACAAACACUUAUACAAGAACGUAAUGCACUUGUUGACCAACAAGUACUUCAAUCAGUUGAUAAACAACAAGAAUCAACUGAAUUGAAACAAUCAUUAAUUAGUCAACAAGAUGUAGAUGAAGAUAAUCAAUCAUUGAAAGAAAUAAUUAAACAACAAUCAGAAGAAUUGAAAGAUCUCAAUGAAAAAUAUUUUAAUCUUUCAUCUCAAUUUGAUUCUAAUAUUAAUUUACAAUUAGAAUUUCAUAAAGAAAAAAAAGAAAUGGAAGAACGAAUAAUUAAUUAUGAAAAUCAAAUACAAAACCUUAUUCAUGAACGUACAAAUCUUUUAGAAGAAAUUAAAAAAAUUACUUCAUCACCAGUUCCUACAAUCGACAAUGAAAAACAAACAACUGAUAAAUUACUUAAAAUUAACAAUAAACUCAAACGUAUAUUACAAAUAUUUAAAGAUAAAAUUCAUCGACUAGUAACUGAAAAACCUGAUCUAUUUAUUAAUAUUGGUGAAGAAACAAGUGAACGUCUUGAUCAUUUAAUUGCAACAGUAGAAUAUCAAGCAACACAAAUCGAUCUAAUGCAAACUGAACGUGAUCAAUCCGAGAAACAAUUACAAAAUCAAAUUCAAGAACUUCAACAUUCUUUGGAUGCAUGCCGUUAUCAAAUUGAAAAUGAGCGUCCAAUAAAAACUGAACAACUUGUUAAUGCAACUCCACCAUCUGAUGAUAUCAGUCGAGCAACGAUUGAAAAUUAUGAAAAACAAAUUCAUCAACUUCAACAAAAACUUUCUCAAAAUGAUGAUGAACGAACAUUACUUCGUGAACGUCUUAAUGAAGUUGAACUUGAAUUUCGAAAAACAUUAGAUGAUCGUCUAUCAACAACAAACAUGUAUGAAGAACAAUUACAAUCACUUGUACAAGAACGAGAUGCACUUGUUCAACAACAAGUACUUCAAACAACUGAAAAUCAAUAUGAAAUUGAAAAAUUACAAGAAGAAUUAGCUCAAUUGAAACAACUAUCAAGUACUGAACAGAGCAAUAUACCAUCAGAUGAUGAUAUAAAAUCAUUACAUGAAAUAAUUGAACAACAAUCUGAACAAUUGAAAUCUCUUAACGAAAAAUAUGUUGCUAUUACAGCAUCUCAACUUGAAUUUGAUAGACAAAGAAAAGAAACUGAAGAACGAAUGAUUAAUUAUGAAAAUCAAAUACAAAAUCUUAUUCAUGAACGUACAAAUCUUUUAGAAGAAAUUAAAAAAAUUACUUCAUCACCAGUUCCUACAAUCGACAAUGAGAAACAAACAACUGAUAAAUUACUUAAAAUUAAUAAUAAACUCAAACGUGUAUUACAAAUAUUUAAAGAUAAAAUUCAUCGACUAGUAAUUGAAAAACCUGAUCUAUUUAUUAAUAUUGGUGAAGAAACAAGUGAACGUCUUGAUCAUUUAAUUGCAACAGUAGAAAAUCAAGCAACACAGAAUGAAAAAUUACAAGCUGAACGUAAUGAAAUUGAAGAACGAUUUCUACAUGAUAUAAAUGAAUUACAAAAUUCAUUCGAUAUUUAUCGACAACAAAUCGAUAAUGAGUAUCAUAUGAAAUUAAAUGAAUAUAUUUCAUCUUCAUCACUAAAAACUCAACCAAUUGAAACUGAAUUAAUCGAACAUCGAAAAGAAAUUCAACCAUUACAAACAUCAAAUGAUUGGUUUAUGGAUUCACCUUCAAUCAUUGAUACUGAAAAACAACAUCGAGAAAUUCAACAUGUUGAGAUUCAAUGUGAAUUACUUGUCGAUAAUGAUCAAUCUAUAAAUAAAACAUCUGAUUCAAUAGAUCAUCAACAACAACCUACUGUUACAAAUCGUUUAUUGGGCUUUUUUAAAAAUGUAACAUCACCAUGGUCUGAACAAACAACAAAUGAUUGGGAUGAACAAAAUUCACCUAUACAAUUUCCAUCUGAAGAACCAUUGAGUACUUCAUCAAAUAAUAAUUUACUAGAAAUUAUUAAAACUAAACUUGAAGAAAUUAUUUCGGAAUAUCCAGAUCUUUUUUCCAAUACAAAUGGUGAUAUAAUUGAAAUAUUUGAUCAAGUUAUUUCGAUUAUUAGAAAUCUUCAAAAUCAAAUAAAAGAUUUACAAAGUUUAUCAAUUGUUGAGAAAUAUCAAAAAGAAAUUGAUGAAUUAAAAGAAAAUCUUCAUGAAAAUAACAUAAUUUAUCAACGAGAACUUCAAUGUUUACUUAACGAAAGAGAUCAAGCUAGAGAACAAUUACAAGAAAAAGAAAAUUAUUCAUUAAAAUCAUACAAUAGUACUGAAUCACAAACUUCUUUUGAUAUCGAUUGUAAUCUUACUGAGACUCGAUUAAGUGAAUGUCAAUCUCAAUUAGAUGUUUUACUUCGUGAACGUAUUUCUUUAAUGGAACAAAUUAAACAAUUAGCUCAUCAACCAAUAAAACGACAUAUUGAAAUUCAAACUGAAAAUGAUAAUGAAUUAUCAACACGUCCUGAACAACGUAUAUCACGUCGUGUAUUUGAACAAGAAAUAUUAGCAUGGUCAAAAGAAAGUGAACAAUUAAAACAAUAUGUUAAACAAAUUCAAAUUGAAAAUAAAAAACUUACAGAUAUUAUACUUAAAUUAGAAUCUAUAGUACAUGAUUAUAUGCAUGAAAAUGAUCGACUUAGACAAGAAAAUCAACAUCUUUCAUUUUUACAAAUAAAUGAUAAUCAAGAAUAUUUUACAUCAUCAUCAUCUGAUACAGAUAUUUGUUAUUUAACAUUAAAAUGGUUAACAUAUGAAGUAGCACAACGAACAUCAAAUACAAAUGAACAAUCAUUAUUAAUUACGGAUAAUAAUGAACCAUAUCUUAAACAACGAUUAUAUGAUACUGAACGACAACUUAAAAGUAUUCGUAUACAAAAUCAACGAUUAAAAAAACAACUUGAAACAUAUACAAUACAAUUUAAACAUAUUCAACAUGAAAUGAAUAGUAAAAUUCAAGAAUUAUCUACACUUAAAAUUGAAAUAGAUAAAUUACGUACAAGUGAAACUCAAUAUCGUUUGGAAGUUGAUUGUCUUAAAGCAGAUCUUCAAUGUAAUCAAGUAAAAUUUCAACAAUUGGAACGUGAAAUAUCUGAUUUAAAACUUGAACAAAUGAAUACUGAUAGUAAUUCAACUAAUAAUCUUCGUGAAUUACUUGAAUUAAAAGAACGUGAAUUAAAAGCAUUAAAAGAAAAAUUAGAUUAUACAAUUCAAGCACAUCAACUUGAAUUACAAGAAGCAAUUAAAUCCAAUCAGUUUUCACUUGAUAAUGUUCAACGUUUUGAACAAUUAGAUCAACGUCAUCAAGAAAAACGAAAAGAAUUAGAAAUACGACUUGGAAAAUUUUGUAAAGCUAUUAAACCAUUAAUUGAUAAUCAACAUUUAUUUACAGAUAAUUCAAUAAUUGAUAUUGAUGAGUUACAAGGAUUGAUUGCAGAAACUGAAGCUGAAGAAAGAGUUACAUCUUCACUUGGUCCCAUUCGUGAUUGUUUGGGUCUUUUGGAAAGUCAAAUGAAAGAAUUACAUCAUAAUCUUAUUGAAAAUCAUGCUCGUCGUUCCAAACGGUGGAAAUAUAAAUUAGGAUUUGAAUGUUUAUCAUGUGACAGUCAAUGGGAAGUAACUCAUGAUAUUCAAAAUUUACAAGAAGCAUGUCAAGAUCCUAAUAUGUUUCUUGAAUCAUCACGUGUUGAACCAAUGAUGGGAUGUUCAUGUCCAAUAAUCGAUGAUUUUAUUGAAAAUGAUGUUCGUUUAUGUAUAGAUGAUUUAUUAGAUGAAGUUAUUGUAAGAACAAUAGUGAAAUAA